AUGCAACUCCUUCCCAUACAAGCUCGGGAUGUCCAUUUUCUGGCCUCAAACAAGAGGAAUUCCGAAUCUUCCAAGAAUCACACUUGUCCCGUGGAAAACAUAAACGAUCCCCGUAAGACUCCAUCCUCAGCAGCAAUUCUACAGAGCAUGUCUAGCCUUCUCGCUUCUCCUAUCAAUCUUUCUGAUAUUUCGCCAUGCAACACAUUAUUCUUUGCCCCGAGAACAAAAACAGUAUAUCAUCCCCCUACGUUCUCUUGUCUAUUUUUUCCUAACAAAUCCACCAGAAUCAUCCGCAUAAUCUUCAUGAUUCCCGUAUUUGCAACCAUCUCGUUUCUCUGCAUACAUUUUGAAGAAGCCGCGGCUUAUAUCUCCCCCAUCAAUGAGCUCUACGAGGCGUUUGCAUUUGCCGCAUUUUUUCAGCUCUUGUAUACCUACGUACUUGAAGACACUCACGCGCAAUCUUUCUCUGGGCAAGUAUCACAGCUUCCCCCAAUUCGUAAAACCGCUAUUCAGAUCUUCCAAUUCCCAGCAAUCAUGUUCAUCGUAUUUCUCAUAGAGGAGAUCUCCGAGGCAAAGGGAACAUAUUGUGAGACGGAGAUUAAGAUUUACUUCACCAGGAUUUGGUGUGUAAUUCUCCGCAUAGGCGGCACCAUCAUUGCCAUCCUGGCACUUCUCCGCUUCUACAAAUCCACGAAGUCCCUGACAGCCGCUCGCAAACCCCUUCACAAACUCAUAGCAUUUAAAGGAAUUGUAUUUUUGAACUUUUUCCAGUCCAUUGUCUUCGCAUUCCUCUCGCCGCGUCUUUCGCCGAGCAAUAAACUUACCACUCGCGAUUUGACCGAUGGAAUUCCUAACUUACUAAUUUCGUUGGAGAUGGUUAUCUUCUCGAUCUUAUUUCUGAAAUUUUAUGCCGUGGGCGAGUACGCUAAGGGACGUGAAACUUAUGAGGGGGUUUCAUGGGGAUUAAAGCAAUUGCUGGCGCGGCAAAUUUUAUUGCUUUCAUAG